AAAUGAGAAGAGGAGACGCAGAAAUUGGGAAGGAGAGAUCGAAUCAAGCUGAUUAAACCUCAGCAUCGGUGCCUUCUGCCGAUUCUCCUCUUUCUUGAAGUCGACGCCGCCGUUCCCGAAUCAGGACCUCCCCUUUCCGGCUACUUCGGUGCCUUCCGCCGAUUCCCUUGUUUCUUGAAGUCGACGCCGUCCCGGAAUCAGGACCUCCCCCUUCCCCUCUUUUUAAAACUGCCCCGCUGAUUCCCCUCUGUCGGUCUGGCGUGAUCCUAUGUCAAUGGUAUAGUCGUCGGCAACAAUCGCAAGUUGGCGUUAAUUAAAUCCGAGUGAGUUCGAGUCACUGGAAUUGUGAAGGAUUCCAUUAUUUGGGUUACUGGGUUUUGGGCGAUUUGAUGUUUGGGGCUGCGCUUUCAGGACCAGAACAACAUUAGCAGGUGAUGGGCUUCAUGAUGGAGGAGCAUAAUCAGAAGAAUUUUGAAGAGUCCAACUCAGGACCAAAAGGGGUACAUUUGGUGGAUUCGGCUAAUUUGGAUGUCGCAUGUUUAGAAACAGAAAUUGGGAGGUUGACAUACACAGUUGAUUGCAUGGAACCCAAGCUGGAGGAUUUAAGAUUACAUGUAUAUAACUUAGAACAUGCGAUGCUUGAAAUAUUGAAGGGUGAUUGUAUUGAGGAAAUUGUUUCUGAGGUUGUCGAAAUUGUGAGUUUAAAGGCCAAUAAGACUCAUAACCUGUUGAGUCGAACUGUUGGUACAUCCUUUGUGGAGCAAAUGGAUGAGGAUUUGUUUGGUGAACAUGGGAGAAGCAGUGAAGACCCACUAAAAAAAGUGACCAAGUCACCAGUGCUGGAUGGCUAUGCUGAUGAGGGACCCCAUGAGGAACUCAUACAUGAUGAGCACAAACCUGACCACGUUACGAGGGUUAAACAGCAGCCCCAAAAGACUCUUCGUUCUCGGAAGCAACAAAGGAGUAAACCCAAAGCCCCAAUUUUUGCAAUAAGCGGUCUCAUCACUCCUGAGAAUGCACAUCUCAUGAAAUUUCUAUUUAGGAAGAAUGGAAUUGGAGAAGACAAGUGGAGUGAAGUAGUAGCUAGUUAUGGUGACUACGCCGUUAGUAGAAAGGAAUUUCAGUGUCUCUCUCCAGCAACUCCACUAUCUUGCAAGGUCAUAAACAUAUCUGCGGCGUAUUUGAAUGAGCCGGAGUCAGAACAUUGGUUUCUCCCUUCCUUUUUUGGGGAACGAGCGAGGGUAAAAGAUGAAUCAUGUAGCUAUGCUAAGUGGCUCACAUCAACCAUUGAGAUGUGUGGUCUGAAGAGGUUUCAUCGUCGCCUCCAACAAUGCUCCAAGAUAUUCAUUCCCUUGCACGACAAUAUGGAAGACCACUGGAUUCUGUUGGUCAUGCACCUCCCUGAAAAAAAGGCAGAGGUGCUGGACAGCUUCCCUGAUGUAAGGUCACGUGAGAGGCGAAUGGAUCAUGCAAGAGAUGUGAUGGCAAUGUUGCAGAAGGCACAUGCAGUACUACCGUGGCAUGUGGUCAACAACGUUUCAUUCGGAGGACCAGCGUACUCGAUUGGCACUUGAAAUUGUUCUUCAUCCAAGGAAUGAACACCGUCAAAUAUUGAUUGGAGCAGCAGCAGGAGCUUCGAUGCCGCCAAUAGGUGAAAGUGAGCUAUUCAAAAAUAUUCCUCUUCCACCAACCGGAAGAAAGUUUCGUAGCCACCGUAAGCGGCGA